UGUGUCUCAGUGUUGUUGUGUCUCAGUGUUGUGUCUCAGUGUUGUGUUGUUGUGUCUUAGUGUUGUGUCUCAGUGUUGUGUUGUUGUGUCUCAGUGUUGUUGUGUCUCAGUGUUGUGUCUCAGUGUUGUGUUGCUGUGUCUCAGUGUUGUGUCUCAGUGUUGUGUUGCUGUGUCUCAGUGUUGUGUCUCAGUGUUGUGUUGCUGUGUGUCUCAGUGUCUCUCUGUUGUUGUGUCUCAGUGUUGUGUUGUUGUGUCUCAGUGUUGUGUUGUUGUGUCUCAGUGUUGUGUUGCUGUGUGUCUCUGUGUCUCUCUGUUGUUGUGUCUCAGUGUUGUGUUGUUGUGUCUCAGUGUUGUGUUGUUGUGUCUCAGUGUUGUGUUGCUGUCUCAGUGUUGUGUUGCUGUGUGUCUCAGUGUUGUGUUGUGUUGUGAUCACGUGUUGUGUACAGGAAGUGGGCGGUUGUGGUUGUGUGACCCGCUCAGGGUGUUCCUGUGUCUCAGUCGGGAUUUCAGUGUCGGUUCAGCUCGGAUCCUGCAAUGUGGCCCCCGGGGGCCCGCGCUGCCCUGCUGCUCCUGGGCUGCCUGGUGUGGGGGGCCACAGCCCAACCUGGAGCGGGUAAAUACCGGGUACCGGGGGGGGUACAUGCCUGGCACUGGGUGCCUGUGGGGGUACAUGCCUGGCACAGGUGCCUGUGGGGGCACAUGCCGGGCACUACAGGGAGCCUGUGGGAAGUACAUUCACAGCACUGGGAGCCUGUACAUUCCACCAGCACUGCGGUGCCUGUGGGGGGUACAUGCCUGGCACUGGGUGCCCAUGGGGGAGUACAUGCGGAGGCACUGGGGCUUCUAUGGGGGGUACAUUUUAGCACGGGAGCCUUCUGUAAGAGUACAUUCUGGCACUGGGUGCCUGGCAGAGAGGUACAUGCAGCACUGGGUGCCUGUGGAGGCACAUACCUGGCACUGGGUGCCUGUGGGAAAUUUAUACCUGGCACUGGGUGCCUUGCAAUGGGGGGAAUUACAUACUAGCACUGUUUUGUAGGAGGCCCAUUCCUGGCACUGGGUACCCAUAUGGGGGCACAUUCCACAGCACUGGGUGCCUGUGUGGGGGGGAGUACAUGCACCCACAGCACUGGGGUACCUGUGGGGGCCAUUCCUGCUGGGUGCCUGUGGGAGAGGGGUACAUUCCUGUAGCACUGGGGUGCCUUACCUGUGGGGAAAUUUUACAUUCCGCAGCACUGGGUGCCUGUGGGGGGUACAUUAAUGCCUGGCACUGGGUGCCUGUGUGGGGGAAAUUUUUAUGCCUGGCACUGGGUGCCUGUGGGAGGUACAUGCCUGGCACUGGGUGCCUGUAAGGAGUACAUGCCACAGCACUAUGGGUGCCUGUGGAAGUACAUGCCUGGCACUGGGUGCCUGUGGAGGUACAUGCAGCACUGGGUGCCUGUAUGGGGAAGUACAUACCCACGUGGCACUGGGUGCCUGUGGGGGAGUACAUGCCUGGCACUGGGUGCCUGUGGGGGUACAUGCUGGCACUGGGUGCCUGUGGGGGAAAUUUUUAUGCAGCACUAUGGGUGCCUGUGGAGGCCCACAUGCCACGGCACUGGGUGCUGCCUGUGGGGGAGUACAUGCCUGGCACUGGGAGCCUGUGGGGGGUACAUGCCUGGCACUGGGAGCCUGUGGGGGGUACAUGCCUGGCACUGGGAGCCUGUGGGGGGUACAUGCCGGGCACUGGGAGCCUGUGGGGGGUACAUGCCGGGCACUGGGAGCCUGUGGGUGGAGUGGGGGGUAAUCAGCAAUGAGCAGAGAGCGGGUAUAUAACUGGUAAUAUGAUGGGUAAAUAGUAAUUUAUAGAGUGAAUAAUAACAUCCACAGUGUAGAGGGAUAAUAAUGGGGUAUUUCAAUAAUAUCUGUCAGGCUUGUACAAUGUGUCAUUUGUUUAGAUUUAUAGAAAUAUUAGUGAUUUCUUAUCGUUUUAGAUUGUGAGCUCUGCGGGAGAGACACUGUCACAGUAGAGUGGGUUUAUUUGCAAAGUGGUGAAUUAAAAGCAAAAUUGGAAAAACUAGGACCAAUUAAACCUUACAUUUAGUAGUUUGGUUUUUAAUUCAUCACCUAAUACGCCCCUAAAUCAGUGUAAAUCCUGUACGUUUUACCCUUUACACAAAUUAUUGUAUUAUUAUUAUUUACGUAUAUAUUUGCGAUUCCUAAGAAUAACAUUCGUUUUGGCUGUUGAUGAAUGACUGGUGUGACUAACUGUUGGCUCAUAUUGUAGGUUAGUGAUAAUUGUAUAGCUUGGAUUGGUUUUAAUUUGGGAGUUGGCGUCUUUUUUUUUUAAUGAAAUACUGUGGUCUCUCGGCACUGGGAAAACAAGUUAUAUUAUUUUGUUUGUUCAGAGUUGACCAAGAGAUAAAUUCUUAGAUAUUAUAAAACAGCUGUUCCCAUAAUGCUUUGCUAACCUUAAGGGUGUCAGAGUGUCACAGUACUUAUGGUUAUUUUACAGCUCGAGGUAUUCAAUUUCCAAUAACUGGUUUAUUUCAGUCUUAAUAAAAAGGAUGGCGCUUAGUCUGUUAAACCUUUUUAUUAAGGGGAAGCUUUGUGUCCAACGAUCACAAGAUUCCCCCAGGAAGUCAGUCAUAAGCCUUCCAUGUGAGUCGCACUCCGUUGGAUCCCAGCUAAUGAGUUAAUUCGGAAUUUGGGAGAAUUACCCAGUGAUUACAUAUUCACUAAAUGGGGAAUUGUGAAGCUAUGACAAGAGAAUUGCAGAUGUUAUUAGGACACUAUGGUGUAAGCCGCUGUUAGUUAUUGCAGUGGUUAUAGUGCAUUCUCUAUUUUCCCUCAAAUUGCUUUUAAGUGGUUUGUCAAAAAACAGGGCAUUCCCAGAGCCCAGCAUGGACCAAAAUCCUGUUUAAAAUUAUGAAAUAUGGGGGCAGGGCCUGGCAGCCAACUGAGACAGUCGCAUGGUGCUUGCGCUCCUCGGGGGAAAUCUUUUACUUGGCCCCAAAUUGACUUUAUUGUAGUCUUUUUGGUGAGAAUUGCUCCCAACCCUGAGGGAUACCCACUUAAUCUAUUGGCACUCUCUUGCCGCAGCAAGUGGAUGCAGCCUGUGACAAUCUUAUCUGCAGCCUGAAAAAAAACAGUCAGGGACGGGGAGGCGGGUGAUCCUCGGCCUUGACCUGGUGCUUGCUUGUCUUGGACCGAUGGGGGUUAUCCCAGUCCCCACUGGAAAUCUUGGCACAAUCAUCUAACAAUAAUCUAGUAUUCAAGAGCAAGCUGGAGAGUUGCGGCCUAACCGAUAAAAUGGCCGUCCCACCAAGUACUGCAAAUAUGGACGCCUCCCAGCAAUUGAAGCAGUUUUGGUGUAUAGAUCAUGCCCCUGCAGCCUCACUGCUCAAUCCUCUGCCAUUUAGGAGUUAAAUCCCUUUGUUUAUGAACCCUAGUCACACCUCCCUGCAUGUGACUUGCACAGCCUUCCAUAAACACUUCCUGUAAAGAGAGCCCUAUUUAGGCUUUCUUUAUUGCAAGUUCUGUUUAAUUAAGAUUUUCUUAUCCCCUGCUAUGUUAAUAGCUUGCUAGACCCUGCAAGAGCAUCCUGUAUGUGAUUAAAGUUCAAUUUAGAGAUUGAGAUACAUUUAUUUAAGGUAAAUUACAUCUGUUUGAAAGUGAAACCAGUUUUUUUUUUCAUGCAGGCUCUGUCAAUCAUAGCCAGGGGAGGUGUGGCUAGGGCUGCAUAAACAGAAACAAAGUGAUUUAACUCCUAAAUGACAGUGAAUUGAGCAGUGAAAUUGCAGGGCAAUGAUCUAUACACCAAAACUGCUUUAUUUAGCUAAAGUAAUUUAGGGGACUAUAGUGUUCCUUAAAGCUUGGGACUUGUAGCUAAUUAUUGCUGUUGAAUGGCAACAGAGGGGGCCUGGAUUUGGGCGUCACAUUAGUCUUUGAUAAAAUAAAUAAUAAAUACGGGGACAGCGACCAAAAACUCUGAGCGCCAAAGAAACUGCAAUGAGAUGCUGUAUUCUUUUAUGGAGCUUAGACUGGCCCUAAUGUUACAGUGACCAAACUGAAUUCUCUUCAUCUCUUUUUCUAAUUGCAAAUAGAGAUUUUUGGUUUUUCUUUUGUUAAUUUUUUACAUUUUUUUUUAAACACUUAAUAUAUAUCAGGGGUAGGCAACCUACGGCACUCAAGGCUGCUACAGCCAAACAGGCUCUGUCCUGUCAGGAGUCCCAGUAAAACUUCAGAUAUCUGCUAAUACUAAAAGGACAAUCCUCAAUGUAUGCAUUGCAGCACAUAGAGUAAGUGAUCUCAGGUCCCUUCCUCCCAGCAAUUGUAAAUGGGAAUCCACACCGUGGUAGAGCAGCCCACAGCGGAUAUUGCAGCUCCUGCCCUUCACCUGUACCUGGCCAGCCUGGUCUCCACUGGAACCCAGAGAAGCCACCCACACUGUUAGAUAUACCCAGAAAUGCACAAUAACCCCCCCAUACAAAUAAUACGAACAGCCCACAAACAUACACACAAUCUGUACAAACGUUACCUGCUAAAAAUCCACAUACAUGCACACAACACCACAUACAGCCUCUCACAUGCAAUACCCCAAACAACCCCACACAUACACAUACUACCAAACACACAAUGUGACACAUCCAUCCACACACACAAUUCCACAAGCAGCCCCAUACACAGCCCACAUUCAUAUGUAUAAUACACAAAAUCAUAAACUACUAAUGAACAUAUACAAUAUAAUAGCUCAUAUACGUACAAAUACAAUGAUACAAAGCAAUUACAGUAUAACUAACAAAAGCAGAAUAUGGCAGCAUACACACCUCAAUUUAAAAAAAUAGGACCGGCGCACUACGGGACAUCACAAUCCUAUAUCGGCACAGUGCUGCUAAAAGGUUGCCUACCCCUGAUCUAUAUGAUAGUAAAAAAAAUAAGACAAAUCAGCGCUUGUAGAUACUGUUGUAGUUCAAAGAAGCCUAACACGCAAAUCCGGUGUCUCUCUUGUCCGUUAAAGUCAAAUAUAACAGACGGGUUGGUGUAGCGCCUGGGUGGUCCUUAAGAGAUGAAGGAAACAAAUGUGGGAUCUGAUAGUGUAGCAGAUUAAGAUGUUCUGAUUGGAAAUAAUGAAAAUAAGGUGUACUUCAAUUCAGCUCCAACUUAGCGCCUGGGCGGAACGAUCCCCGCCUCGCGAUAUAGUGUAGCACUGGUACAGCAGACAGUCCUUGCAGUGGUGGAUAUUCUUGAUGAAUGAAUAAAUGAAAUAGUUUAGUUUUUCAUACUUAAAGGAACACUAUAGUCACCUAAACAACUUUAGCUCAAUGAAGCAGUUUUAGUGUAUAGAUCAUGCCUCUCAGGUUUUACUGCUCAAUUCACUGCCAUUUAGGAGUUAAAUCACUUUGUUUCUGUUUAUGUAGCCCUUGUCACACCUCCCUUGACUCUGACUGACACAGCCUGCAUGAAAAAAAUGGUUUCAUUUUGAAUCAGAUGUAAUUUACCUAAAAUAAUUGUAUCUCUUUGUCUGUAAAUUAUACUUUAAUCACAUACAGGAGGCUCUUGCAGGGUCUAGCAAGCUAUUAACAUAGCAGGGGAUACGAAAGUCUAAAUUAAACAGAACAAUAAAGGAAGGAUAAACGGUAGAUUACUCUUUACAGGAAGUGUUUAGGAAGGCUGUGCAAGUCACAUGCAGGGAGGUGUGACUAGGGUUCAUAAACAAAUUGAUUUAUCUCCUAAAUGGCAGAGAAUUUAGCAGUGAUGCUGCAGGGGCAUGUCCUAUACAUCAAAACUGCUUCAUUAAGCUAAAGUUGUUUUGGUUACUAUAGUGUCCCUUUAAGGACACAUGACAUGUCAUGAUUCCCUUUUAUUCCAGAAGUUUGGUCCUUAAGGGGUUAAAGGAGCACUAUAGUUUUAGGAACACAAACAUGUAUUCCUGACUCAGUUGUGUUAAAACCACCAUCUAGCCCCCUCUUGCUUCUCUAAAUAUAGUCAAAUCUUACUUGUAUUCAAGUCUGCAGCUGCUGCCUCUGCCUCUGAAAGUGCCUGUGACUGCCGACAUAGAAACAUAGACAUCAGCAUAGACUGACCUCAUCAGAAGUGCUGGCCUGAUCCAAUCACAGUGUUUCCCAGUAGUAUUGGCUGAGACUGACAAAGAGGCAGAUCAGGGGCAGAGCCAGCAUGAUUCAAACACAGCCCUGGCCAGUCAACAUCUUCUCAUAGAUAUGAAUUGAAUCAAUGAAUCUCUCUAUGAGGAAAGUUCAGUGUCUGCAUGCAUGGAGACACUGGUGUCAGUCACACUGUGCAGCACUGACCCAGGAAGGAUCUCUAACAGCCAUCUAAGGAGUGGCCAGAGGAGGUAAUGUAAACACUGCAUUUUCACUUAAAAUACAGUGUUUACAGCAAAAAGCCUGAAUAGAAUAAUUAUACUCAUCAGAACAAAUACAAUAAGCUGUAGUUGUUCAGGUGACUAUAGUGUCCCUUUUGUAUCCCUUUUAAAAUUCUAAAAGUAAGGAGUAGAAUAGUUAGUACACUCACAUAUUAAGAAGCCUCUUAUAUUGUCUCCUGGAAUAUGAUGUGAAGUGAUAUGAUCCCCACUCUGGGGUUUAACGGUAGUGCUGGCCGUCUCCAUAUAUGUAGAAAAGAGAAAUAAGACCCACAAUGGCGCACACCAUAAAAUAGGAGCCUUAAACAAAUCAAAGCAAAAUAUGGUUUUCUCAAUCGGCAAGGUGUAAGUGGUCUGUAUCCCCAGGGUAUUCAGGUCCAAUACGAAAAGUACAUUAUCGAUAAAAACAAUAAAAUAAAGGUAGAAAACUGAUUUUUAAAAAAUAAUAUAAAGCUAAACUUAACUGGCCUUUUCAAAAGUGUUUAGAGAAGGGGACCUGUGCCGCUUAAAUAGGUAUUUAAGUUUAAGUUUAAAAUUAAUGGUCAUGUAAUGUCAUAGUCACAUGACUGAACCUUAACCUAAAACAAAAUUAAAAUAUAUAGAGUGCCUAAAAUACUGGCAUAUUAAUAAGGUGUAAAAUGUGUGUGAAUGUUAAAAAUGAAGGUUGCAAUGAGUUGGGGCAAACCAAAUAGGAAACUAUAUGGUAGAGGGUAUUCAAAGAUGGCGCUGCCAGCAGCGUCACGUGAUCUCCAAGCUCAUAGCCAGGAAUCAGAAAAGGCAUAGUCGCUGUAAGGGGAGCAGGGACUGUGGGGAAGCUCUAAAAGAUAAGGCAUGGAGGGAGCCAAGCCGCAUGCAGAGUGGCGCGGCUCCAAGCUGUGUCUAUAUAACGCAUUGAAGACAGGUUGCCUGCUUGGAUCCUGUGUUGUGGUGGAACCAACCUCGCCACUUUGCACUGGUGGAGCCUGGUUGCUCGCCUGCUCCCCUUAGACUAUGGCCCGGCAUUUAAAACAUUUUAUUUUCCCUGCAGAAAGGCGUAUUUGUGCCUUUCUGCCGGGGUGUUUGGUAGAUUCAAUCUACCGAACAAAGUACCUAAAGAUCGACCACCUGGGAACUGGAGUGUGCCAUCAAUUGACCGCCCAGAAGCUGCAGUUAACCGCAGCUUAAUUGACGAAUGCUGGGUGGCCUUUGUUUGGUUGUUGAACACGUGGCAGCGGCCAUUUUAACUCCCGAACGGCCAGCGGUGUUCAGCGCCCAAACUAUGGAACUGAAAACGGACACUUAUUUGCGCGAACACCGCUGAGCCGCCAGCAUCCUUACCUCUUCAUUCGGUAGCGGAACCGAAUGACCAAUGAACAGAUAGCCAUGCCAUGGAGCCUAUUCGUGUAACAAAAGACCUAGGGAAAGACUUUGGCUCCAUGGUGAUUGACCUGUAUGUAUGUGAACUGAGCGCCGGUAAUAAUGUGCGCUCAGAUCUAAGCUAUCUGGGGAUAUGUAGAAUGUGUGUUUUAUGUGAUAAAGGUAACCGUGUGUAAUUUUAUGUCUUCUGCAUAGCAAGACCACUUAUUGUUAUCUCACAUAUAUAUUAUUAUUCUUAUUAUAGCCAAAUUUGCCACCCUAACUCCUCCCACAGUUUUUACACUACAUAAACAAAAAUUUACCAAAACGUGCAGAUUGUUCCCGAUCGGAUUGCUAUUACUUUGUGGAACGUUUCGCCGAAUGGUUCACGGAAUAUCGUCGUUCUUGCGCAAUUUGUCCCAUAGGAAUGAAUGGCAAAGCUAGAGUGGGAGCUGGCAAAAGCUGAAAAAUCAGGACAUGAUUUCUAAACUGCCACCACUCCCUUAUUUUCAGGCCCACCUACACAAAUCUUAUAUCAAAACGUUCAGCUAUCCCUGCUGCCACUAAACAUGUCAACGGCUAAGCCAUAGUCCUGAUAGUUUUCACAAUAUAAUCAUUUGUUUGCAACUAAUGCCGUCCAUUGAAUUUCAUUGAAACUUCACUCUGCAAAGCUCAAAUUUGAAGUGCAAUUUCUAAACUGCGACUGUGCCUUCAAUUUUAAUACUUCAGAGACAUACUAUGCAUCAAAAUGUAGGUCUGGGUCUUGUGAUUCUCACAAUAUAAAGCUCUUCGCUGUAGGAGUUAUAGUUUUUAAGAUACGACCGUUUGAAGAUGGCAACCGCCAAAAUACUCUGACCUGUGUCAGGCUGCAGCAGCAAGUGAUGUCAUAGACAGGGCCUUUUGAACACCUGCUAAUGUUUUUAUAAAUGUAUGGUUUAAUGUAACUGUGCAACAAUGUUGCAAUUAAAUGUGCUAUAUAAAUGAUAAGUUACUCCGCCCACUCCAGUUGUAGACUACUGGUGGAGGCAAGAACACUUCACACAAUUUCCCCAGAAAUUGUAACUUUUCUAGUUUUAUGUCUUUUUACUAAAAUGUGUGUAAUGGAGUUUUACCUUUGUCCCAGGACAGAGAGGAGGGAUUGUGAUGCACUGUGGGAUUGUUGAAAUGUGUAAGUCUGUGAUUGGUCCUUUUACCCUAUGUUUCCCAGUCUUCCAUCUGGUCCCCUAGGGGAGUGUCCACCAGGUGGGAGACCUGCAUAAAAGCCGGGCAGGUACCCCCAGUAAGUCAGUUCUGCUUAACCCUCAAACGAAGUGUCGUCUCGUUAUUGGGGGAAUUGGAUUGUAUGCUGAUUGUCAGGAGUGUAAGCUGAUUGUAUGCUUUUCCUGUUCGACUGCUUUCAGUGUUCGUGUGUUUCCUGUUCGGGAGUUGGAGAAUUCGUGGGUUCGCAGUUCGGGAGAUUGGGGCUUGCAGUAGCUGCCUGUGCAUCUGAAAGGGGAAUAUCGCCUAAACGUUUUUUGACCUCUUGUGUGCAAAACGGUCCGUUACAAUAUGUGUAUACACUGUAAUGGCAGAGAAUGACCCCUGCACUCCAGGAUUGAAAAGGGGGAGGCUGUACGAACCUUAAGUGUGUGCUGUUUUUUUUUUUUUACCAUUUUGAGGAGCAUUGUCAUUUUUAAAGUUUAAAAACUAGGAACCUUUUAUAAGCACAAUAAAUAUUCAAAAUAUUUACAGAAUUGAGAAAUCUAUCAUUUAAACAGAUUGUGAGUGUGUUUUAAUAUAAAAAUGUAGCAAAACUGAAUGUUGAAGUGUUGAAAGGGAUUUUGUGAGCGGGCAGCCCUUGAUAGCAUGCCGCUGUGGUUAUGUAAGGUUUGGGGGAAAGUGCUGAAGUUUUUCUUGGUUUCAGAAAAUGAACUAUUGCGAAAUUUAUUCCUUAGAAAGUAGACCUGGAUUUGAGGACAAUCGCUGCCCGCUGAGAUGCAGGAACUUAAUGCCCUGUUCUGGUCUGCAACUUCCCUUAAACACAAUUUAACUUCCUUCGUAUUUUUCACACUUUAGGUUUUGUCGUCUAUUCUCUUACAGUGUAAUGAGUGUUUUUAGUUUGCUGCCAAAUGUUGGUUUCUGUAAAUGUGACCAUUAAAUCAGAUACUUAGACUGUUAAUCCAUUUCAGAGAAUCGGGGUCCGGCAGCUGUCCCUCCCAUACUUGGUUUUAUCCUUUAUUAUGUGAUAUUGUAGGUUCUCGCUCUGUAUUGGUGGAGCGAGCCUUAUAACGCAUGUAAUAAAAGAUUGCAAGCUCUGUAUCUCUGAUUUGUUAUUACAUUCACAGCGCUAGCAGGCUUUCACUAAACCUGUCCCUGCUCGUUGGUUAUUUUAUUGUGUGUGAUUCUGUUAAAGAGGUUAAAGGGACACUAUAGUCACCUGAACAACUUUAGCUUAAUGAAGCAGUUUUGGUGUAUAGAACAUGCCCCUGCAGCCUCACUGCUCAAUCAUCUGCCAUUUAGGAGUUAAAUCCCUUUGUUUAUGAACCCUAGUCACACCUCCCUGCAUGUGACUUGCACAGCCUUCCAUAAACACUUCCUGUAAAGAGAGCCCUAUUUAGGCUUUCUUUAUUGCAAGUUCUGUUUAAUUAAGAUUUUCUUAUCCCCUGCUAUGUUAAUAGCUUGCUAGACCAUGCAAGAGCCUCCUGUAUGUGAUUAAAGUUCAAUUUAGAGAUUGAGAUAGAAUUAUUUAAGGUAAAUUACAUCUGUUUGAAAGUGAAACCAGUUUUUUUUUCAUGCAGGCUCUGUCAAUCAUAGCCAGGGGAGGUGUGGCUAGGGCUGCAUAAACAGAAACAAAGUGAUUUAACUCCUAAAUGACACUGAAUUGAGCAGUGAAAUUGCAGGGGAAUCAUCUAUACACUAAAACUGCUUUAUUUAGCUAAAGUAAUUUAGGUGACUAUAGUGUUCCUUUAAUCAGAAAAUCAGUGAUGGAGAUUAUUUCUAUGGUUUUCUCAGCAGUAAGAACAAAUUGGUGAAUCAGGCUAGGUAGACCCUACCAGCCGUGGGAUAUAUUCUAUCAGUGACAUUGUAUCUAGUUCCUGUCUUCUCAGGUUGGCAUUGCACCUUGGACGCCAGCACCUUCACCAAACAUAAAUCGUGUCAGUGGAAGUCUAUGGCUGUCAUCCUGACACUGUAAUGUUACCGACGCAGACUGUGUGUUUAAAAGAAGGUCUGCCGGAGUUUUCUGCUCAGACUGACUGCAGUAAAUUGCUAAACUGAAACCAUGCCCAGAUCAGUUUCUACCAGGGGGCAUAGUUGUGCUGUAACUUCAGGGGAAGCAAAAAGGUUUAAAAAGUAACCCCCUCCCUUUCAGCCACUCUUAAAGGGACUCUAUAGGCAUCCAGACUACGUCAGCUCAUUCAAGUGGUCUGGGUGCAGUGUCUCUAUUGCACUUAGUUCUACAAUGUUAAAUAUUGCCAUGUUUACAUUGCUGCACUAAGUUUGCCUCCAGUGACUAUCUCACAGACAACCAGCAGAGAUACGUCCUGGAUGUUAAUGGACUUUUGGUCCGGUAAAUGAUGCUGGAUGUUCUCAUGCUCUGCAUGAGGGCCUCUGGUGUCUGAUAUUUCCCCAUAGGAGAGCAUUGUUGGAAGAGGCGGAGCCGCAAGGGACAUCGGCGCAGGGAAAAGGUAAGUAAAUAAAUGUUUUUUAACUCUUUAUUCACGUCGAUGGGGGAGGGAGACAGAGGAAGCGAUAGUACCAGGAAUACAGUUUUGUAUUUUCUGUCACUAUAGUAUCCCAUUAAAUAAAAUUUAUGAGUACAGACAUGGAGGUUGCCAAGUAAUGUAUGUGCCAGUAUAAACUGUGGUAGAUAGAGCUACACCGCGAAUAGUGUUUAAUAUUGACUUUCUGGGUUCUGACGGAGGAAGUAAUGGAAUCUGUGUUUUUGGGGCAUAUUACAGGUCUCCAUGAAGUUUCUAUCGGAACAUUUACAGAACUGACACUGGAUCCAACAUCUCCCACCGAAAUCCUUCUACAGAACAUUCCAAGUAAUGUAUCCUUCAUCUUGUUCCAAGUGCACACUCAGUUCCAGAACGUCACACUCUCUCUCAGCAAGGUAUGUCUUCACGAUAUGCAUCAGAAAUGUGUACAUGCCUUCUGUCUGUGUCUUCCUCUGUACUCUGCUGUACAUGCCGUCUGUGUCUGUAUGUAUGUAUGUGUGUGUGUCGUCUUUAAUGCGGGGAAAACGGGGCAGCUGCCCCGGGCCCAAUUACUCCUGGGGGCCCAAAGCAGCUGUCCCGUGGGCCCCGCUGCCCUACAAAAAACAAAAAUAUUUCCCGGCUGCUUUAGGCGGGUCCCGCACUGUAAGGAGUCCCACUGGGUGGCCCAUGCACUUAGGGCCACCCAGUGGGCUUGUACCAGCAGGGGCCCAGUUGGGCGCUGUGGCCCUUUAACAGCGCGACCGGGCCUCUUGCUUUUCGGCAGCGCUGGGAGGAAGUGAGUGCUGAACGUCACUUCCUCCCAUAAAAAGCUGCUGCGCGGGAGAAGAAAAACCUGCACAGGAGGGAGGAGGAGGAGGCAGUGAGGAUGGGGGCUCCUCACUCACAUCAUCCUCAUGCAGCACACUGGAUCCCAGGGAUGCCACCCUCCAGCAAAAGGUAGGAAAUUAAGGUGGGCUUAAAAUGUAAAUUUUGCGUGUAUGUCAGUUUCUGUCCAUGUAUCUGUGUGUCAGUCUGUCUGUGUGUGUGUGUAUGUGUCAGUAUGUCUCAUUGAGCAGGGCCCUCAAUCCCUCUGUUCCUGUGUGUCCAACCUGUCUGGUUACAACUACAUGUCUGUUCGUCCACCCACUGUAAAGCGCUGCAGAAUUUGUUGGCGCUAUAUAAAUAACAUAAUAAUAAUAAUCUACAUGCCAUCCGUGUGUGUGUCUGACUCUGUACCCUGCUGUACUGACCAUCUGUGUGUAUGUCUGACUGUACCCUGCUGUAUAUGCCGUCUGUGUGUGUGACUCUGUAGAGUGCGGUACAUAGAAACAUAGAAUGUGACGGCAGAUAAGAACCAAUUGGCCCAUCUAGUCUGCCCAAUUUUCUAAAUACUUUCAUUAGUCCCUAGUCUUAUCUUAUAGUUAGGAUAGCCUUAUGCCUAUCCCACGCAUGCUUAAACUCCUUACUGUGUUAACCUCUACCACUUCAGCUGGAAGGCUAUUCCAUGCAUCCACUACCCUCUCAGUAAAGUAAUACUUCCUGAUAUUAUUUUUAAACCUUUGUCCCUCUAUUUAAGACUAUGUCCUUUUGUUGUGGUAGUUUUUCUUCUUUUAAAAUAUAGUCUCCUCCUUUACUGUGUUGAUUCCCUUUAUGUAUUUAAAUGUUUCUAUCAUAUCCCCCCUGUCUCGUCUUUCCUCCAAGCUAUACAUGUUAAGAUCCUUUAACCUUCCUGGUAAGUUUUAUCCCGCAAUCCAUGAACCAGUUUAGUAGCCCUUCUCUGAAACUCUCUAAGGUAUCAAUAUCCUUCUGAAGAUACGGUCUCCAGUACUGUGCACAAUACUCCAAGUGAGGUCUCACCAGUGUUCUGUACAAUGGCAUGAGCACUUCCCUCUUUCUAUUGCUAAUACCUCUCCCUAUACAACCAAGCAUUCUGCUAGCAUUUCCUGCUACUCUAUUACAUUGUCUGCCUACCUUUAAGUCAUCAGAAAUAAUCACCCCUAAAUCCCUUUCCUAAAAUGUUGAGGUUAGGUUGCCACAAUUCUGACCAUUUUUCUAGUUUACCUAAAUCAUUUGUCAUUUGGCUUAUUCCUCCUGGAACAUCAACCCUGUUACAUAUCUUAGUAUCAUCAGCAAAAAGACAUACCUUACCAUCAAGACCUUCUGCAAUAUCACUAAUAAAAUAUUAAAGAGAAUGGGUCCAAGUACAGAUCCCUGAGGUACCCCACUGGUGACAAGUCCAAGCUUCAAAUAUAUUCCAUUAACUACAACCCUCUGUUGCCUGUCACUCAGCCACUGCCUUACCCAUUCAACAAUAUUGGAAUCCAAACUUAAAGAUUGCAGUUUAUUGAUAAUCCUUCUAUGUGCAACAGUGUCAAAAAUACAUGCGGUCUGUGUGUGUUUGUAUAUAUGACUCUGUACAGUGCAGUACAUGCUGUGUAUGACUCUGUACAGUGCAGUACAUCCUGUGUAUGACUCUGUACAGUGCGGUACAUGCUGUGUGUAUGACUCUGUACAGUGCGGUACAUGCUGUGUGUAUGACUCUGUACAGUGCGGUACAUGCUGUGUGUAUGACUCUGUACACUGUGGUAGAUGCCGUCAGUGUGUGUGUAUGUAUCUGACUCUGUACCCUGCUGUACAUGCUGUGUGUGACUCUGUACAGUGCAGUACAUGCCGUACGUGUGUGUGUAUCUGACUCUGUACCCUGCUGGACAUAUUGUCAGUGUGUGUGUGUGUGUGUGUGUGUAUCUGACUCUGUACCCUGCUGUACCUGCUAUCAUUCUGUGUGUGUAUCUGACUCUGUACCCUGCUGUACCCGCUAUCAUUCUGUGUGUGUAUCUGACUCUGUACCCUGCUGUACAUGCUGUCAGUGUGUGUGUAUCUGACUCUGUACCCUGCUGUACAUGCUGUCAGUGUGUGUAUCUGACUCUGUACCCUGCUGUACAUGCUGUCAGUGUGUGUAUCUGACUCUGUACCCUGCUGUACAUGCUGUCAGUGUGUGUAUCUGACUCUGUACCCUGCUGUACAUGCUGUCAGUGUGUGUAUCUGACUCUGUACCCUGCUGUACAUGCUGUCAGUGUGUGUGUAUCUGACUCUGUACCCUGCUGUACAUGCUGUCAGUGUGUGUAUCUGACUCUGUACCCUGCUGUACAUGCUGUCGGUGUGUGUAUCUGACUCAGUACCCUGCUGUACAUGCUGUCGGUGUGUGUAUCUGACUCUGUACCCUGCUCUACCUGCUGUCAUUGCCUUCCCUUUCUUUUUGUCCUUUCCCUCCCAAAUUAGUAUGAGCGUUUUAUGGGGGAUGUAUUUCUUAAUUUGGUUCACACAACGUAUUUGUAUCUGUUUUGUAAGAUUCUGUGGAUUGACAGCUGUUGAUGAAGCGUGGAGUGAAGCAUAAAACGGCUUAUUUUAUAAAACCUUCUCAUCUUCAUUAGUAACAAUGUCCGGGCCUUGGUACUCUAAUCCAUUUCCUGCCACCAGCCCGCAUGAUGUGAAUUCUGUAUUUUCCUCUCUUUAUCUGAUCUCCUCUGUCCCUGCGUUUUAUUUUUACAUGCGGUUCCAGUCCGGCGCAGUCUCCUGCUGUUGCCUUCAUGCAGUUUGGCAGCGGCUGCAGACUCCUGACAGUAACUUGAUUUAUUUAUAAAUAGAGAGACUUUAUAAAGUCAGAUCAGGAGGUUUCAGGGCCAUUUGCAGAGGAAAUUGAACUUUCCUUGCUCCAAACUGUUUUUUUAAACUUGUUGUUUUUAAUUAUAUCGGUUGCAUCUUUACUUCCUGUGGUUUUUACCACAGCGUCCUGCUCCGUGCAGAUAUAACAGUAAAUGCCAAGCAUAAUGCUUAUCCCAUGCCAAGUCUCGUGUCCACAGGACGGACCGGCCCUAGGUUUAUCUGUAAGUGAACCACUCAAAUGCUCCCUGGCUUCGGUGUUUUAUUCUCGCAGUGACACAUGUAGAAGCAGCAAUAUUUAAUGUACGCACUAUGCCUGGUGUGCAACUGCUGGAGCAAAAUGAAGGCAUCUCUGACCCUCUGGGUUAUGGCUCCUUAGCUGGUAUUACAUCUGAUACUUGAUUGGCACAUAUUUGUUUUUAACAUUCACCACCCCCCUUGUGGGUAACGUACAGAACAAGUUCUUUAAGCCCUUCAACCAGUUGUCCUCUGGGUAGAAACCAUUUAAUUUAGUUUCUUCUUGUGCUCAUAUUAUUCAUUUUUCAACUUGGUUAAGUUUGUCUUAAAGUUGACAUUUUGCUGAUUUCCUCAUAUUCUCAAAACACAGCCGAAUAAUUAUUUACAGUUUACUCUGUAUUUAUUGUAUUUAUUUUCACAUUUUAUGCAGAUCACGUAAUUAACUGAUACUAAGCCAAGAAAUUCAAUCUGACGCAGCAAGCAUUAUCAAAUAGUAAACCCAAAUACGUUUUUAAACACAGCGUGGAUUUUGUGUAUAUAAAAUAUCUUUAUUAACCAUAGGAAGAAAUCGUUAAACUUGCCUCGGGGGAUCACUAGAUCUGAUUUAAGAUAUUCUCAGAAAGCUGCAGACAAGAUAUCUGCAUCAAUUGCAAGCUGUGUUAUAUAUAUAUAUAUAUAUAUAUAUAUAUAUAUAUAUAUAUAUAUAUACACCCACAAUCAAAAAUGCAUAAUUAGAUAUCUACUGAAUAAUGAUUAUUUUCUCAUUUUAUUUGGGCAGUGGAGUGUUCAUUUCACAGCACAGUUACUGAUUGCUUGUAAGUCUCUCUGAUAGUUGGUAACGAGGUUGUUGAGAGGGAGAGUGAAAAGGCCAUGUAAGUAAGUGCCAGAUCUAGGCUGUGAAGGAGCUGUUCUCCUGGGGAAGUGACAUAUCCUAUCCUCGGCUGCCGUUUUGAUGUACUCAGCGUGGCCUUGCAAACGUUUUGUCGAGAUUCAUAUUUCCAGACGUCUGUCUGCAUUCUGCGUCUUGCUCUUCCUAUUCAUGCUGUUUGGGAAGCUGGUGGCGAAAUCUGCAACAUAGAGAAGAUAUCUGGGAGUAGCCACCGGGCUUGCAGAGGGUGCGUCUAGCCUCAUCGGCAGUUCGCUCUGUCCUCCCUAUUUUACUGUGGAGUUUAUUUUGUACUCUCACCACCCUACAGACCUUCACGUACCGUUGGUUAAAUAGGAAUAUGUUUAAUAAAAAUAGGCUCUGUAUAUUUUACUUCCCCUUGAAAUUAUUUUGAAAGCCCCAUUAUUUCAGGAAGUUCCCUCUGCUUUGUAACAAUAGAGCUGUUCUGUGCACAAAAGGCCCAUAUUUUGUAAUAUUUGGGCUAGUUUUAGUAUAUAAAGAUAUUCCUCUCUGCAGCUGGGCUGACCACAUUAAUAAGCAGCAAAUUCUAACACACGACAAAUACAAGCCAAGCUCUUCCUGAACCUCAAGAUAAUGAAACCGUGGGCCUUUCUUUCUGUUUCUUGUUUUAUCCAUCAUUUGAUAAGGAGUACCUGCAUACUACUCACACUUUUUGAAUGCAUUCCAUUCCUUUUACUGUUUUUUUUGUUUGUUUGUUUUUGAGGUUUUCUCUAUAAUCUAACUGGUGUGAACUUUCUUUGUGUCUAAAUUGCCAGACAUGAUAACGCCCCAGGGCUGGGAGAAUAUUGUGGGAGUUUUAUGGCAGUACAAUGGACUGAUUUUGUACUUUUCUUGAAAGAAUAGGGAUAUUCAUUGAUCUCACAAAACUCUCUUUUCUGUAUCAAUCUAUGAACCUCGGAGUUUGGGAUAAUGGAAUGGCCGCCCAAUACUGAUAACUGUUUAUUGCGUUCUUUAAUUUAGUGUCCGUCCUUUCAGAUCCCUAACCGAAACAAUUCGGAUACUGGCAGUGACACCGGAUUACUGACGGUCCUCCACUCCGAGCAGACUUUGUGCACCUGGUACUUGGAGUCCAGUUAUCCUGACGAAAUCCUGGCUUCAGUUGUUAACAUUCCGUACACUGAGAGAGGUAAGUGUUCGUCAUUGUGAAUGUUUGGUAAGAGGGGUCUCAGCUGUUUAGACCACAAAUCCUUUCACGUAGGAAAAAUGGCACAUCAUGGGUAUAAAUUAGUGUUUUGUUUUUCUUCCAGAUCCUGUCCCAGGAGCGUGCAACUUGGAGUUUGACUUGGACAUUUAUCCAAAUUUACAUCUAGAAUAUAAUUUGUAUGAAACAACGAUUACAUUUGCUCCUGCAAAUCUGGGCUAUGCCAGGUAAGCAGAACCUUGGGACCUCUUAAAUCUGGAAACCAUUGAAUUCAUACUGAGAGAUGGCUUCACUAACAAUGAAUAAUAUAUUGCCCCAAACGUGGGGACAAUAUUGGGGAGGGGGCUGACACAGUGCUGCAAAUUUUGUUCCAUUGUUGCAGACAUCGACUGUGUCAGAAGAUGUUAUACAAGUGCUUUAUCUUUAAUACAGGGAUGCCAGUCCCCCUGCUUGUGAUGUGACGACAGGCCAGACCUCCCGAUGGCGGCUGCAGUAUGAUAUUUACCAAUAUUUCCUGCCAGAGAAUAAUCUGAAUAGCUCCACUCUCCUGGCACACCUGCAGAAGAUGUAUAUGGUGGAACAAGUUAUUGCCAAUGGAUUUAAGGUGAGAAUGAUUACUGUUGCUGUCUCUGCAUGAACUAAUCUAUGGAAAGCGGAUUUUUGUGACCAUAUUGCAUACGUUGGGGGUUUCCAAACUGACAUAGACAAGCUGAUGUAUGAGAGAGGACAACCUUGUAAUCGACCCUUAAAAUAGCUGACCUUUGCACCUCAGAUACUACAUAAUAAAGCAUUAUGGGAAAUAUAGUUACAAAACCUGUGUCGUGUAACAGGCGGCAGUCACUGUUCUAACUCUGAUCUUUGUGUUUCCAUUCUUUGAAAAUAUCAUUGCUCUAUAACAUGAAUCUGUCCCACAGCUGGCUACCCUGGAAUCCAGUGACCCGCCGUUGGCAUCCUUCUCCUCCAUCCCUGGGCAAGGCGUGAUUUAUACAGUCAUCGUGCGCGAUCCCCUACUUAAUACCUCAGCAGCGUAUGUUCCCGCUCACACGUACGCCUGUAACUUCACAGCAAAAAUGGAUAACUGCUACACACUGGGUAUGGAGCCAUGUCUGGGUUUUUUAUUUGUCUAUCAGCGUAUAAUACGUAUAAUUCCCGUCAUCUGUACAUGGGUCUUCCGAGUAGUCAGGGAUUUGCGUUAAACCAUCAAUUGCCAUGUGAGAGAAGAAACAUUUUGCUCAGAAUAUGUCUGUCGCCCCAUGUGUGUGUUUGAUGGGAUGAUGGUAAAAAACGGUGUUGUGUUUUUUUUUUUUUUUCUUAAGAUAGCAUUAACAUUUCUCUGUUCAAAAUAAAACCAAAAUCAUUGGUUUUAUUGUGUCCUCGCAUCAAACACCGCAAUUUAUUGCUCCACGUGAACCUUGACUAACUCUGCUUCAUCUUAAAUCUGCAAGGUUUGUGCCCGUUGAGGAUGGGGAAUGAGGAAUAAUAAAUAAUUGUAAUUGAUAUAUUAAAUAUCUGUAAAUGCACUCUGUGAUCUGAUGGCUGGUUUUUAUUUUUUUCUCAGGGAAAAGUUCUACCAAAGUAUUUUUUACGUUUUGUGCAGUGAUUGGACUCUUUAUUUGCUUCUUCGGACACAGAUAUCUAAAAACAGGUACGUUUCCAAUGGUGAUGCUUAAAAAAGGAAUAAGUGGGGUGUUUGUAGAUCUGAAGGUACCAUGGGUCGUAUCGCCUUCCGCACACAAACGUGUAAAAGUGAUUAUUAACCUCUGGCACUCCAGCUGCUGCAGACUACAAUCCCCAUCCAGCUCAGCCACAGCGUGAGUGCCAGGUUAGCCAUUACCUGUCAUUGGGGAAUGUGGGUUUGUUUUUUCACAUUUUAGAAUUUUGUUUUAUUUUGGAAAUCACAUGCUUUAAGUGCAGUCGGUUAUUGCGUUUAUUUCAACUCUGAUUCUCUGUCGUGUUGUAGAGCUCUUCUUUAUGGGGUUCACGAUCACCGGAUUCCUGAUGUUUAUUCUCCUCAGUCGAGUGACUCUGCUGGAGUACGACAGUAAGUACUGGCGCAUCCCCUGACUGAGACUUGCAAACGGUGCAGGUCUCCUAAACUCUUUCUGAUUAACCUUGCCAAAGCCCCCGGGUAGGAAAGAAAUAAUAAAUCCGUCCAGUACCAGAGGUGUUUUAUUUGGGUAUUGUAGAAUCUUUAGAAUAAACUGUUACAAGACACAAAUUUGUUUAUUCUCUGAUUAAUUCUGUGAGCUGAGCUGUAAAAUAGAAUGUGUGAACCCUCCCUGGCAUUGAUAUAUAAUGUAUCCUUAUAGUUCAAGCUUAGCCCUCCAAGCAGUAUAACUGCAGCUCAUGCAAUGUGAGUAAAAUGUAAUUUCGCACUAAUUUAAUUCAUAAACCAGCCUUUAAUGGUAAAUGAACAUAUUAUGAUUGAUGCAGUGCUGAGAUAAACAUCAUUUUCCCUCCCUUCUACCCACAGCCCGCUUGUACUUGACAGCAGUGACUGGCGUUUUUGGGGGGCUACUGCUAGUGGCGUUCUGGUGGCGCUGUGGUUGUGUCCGUGUCUGUAUCCUGUUUGUGGGGCUGGUGUUCGGGUUCCUUGUGGCGUCCAUCAUUUUCUUUACUCCAAUAGGUGAGAGAAUAUUUUGGUGACCAAAUGUAAUCACGUUGAACAAGGGGUGCUGGUAGGUGUGCAAAAAAAAUAGGUGGCAAGGGUAGAUUUCAUGGCUGUCUCUAUCAUAUAAAUAAUAUAUUCUUUAAAACUCUGCCUCUUGUAUGGUAAAAACUUUAUUUAUUUUUUUAACGAGGUAUAAGCAUGAUCGGAAGAUGAAACGGUAUAUGAAUUGACAUAAUACAAUAGUAUAUAACAGGUUUGCGUCCUUAUAAGCCAUGCCUCUUUUUAUUAGAGGCAAUUGAGUGAUGUGAGUAGGACAAAAUGCAUUGUAGAUGCGAUGCAGAACUUUGGGCCGAGUGAGAAAAUAAUCGUACUAAAAUGUGGCCUCUCCCAAUAAAAUAAAAUGAAAAAAUGAGAAACAAGGGUAAAUUUAACAAACCUGGUAAAUGAAUGGCUUACGUGGUACCUGCUAAUCAGACAAGGAUACGCGUGUCCUGUGUUCAUUAGAUAUGAUCAGGUUAGCAAAUAUCUUGUCUAAGUGAGAUAUGUGAUCAAACAGGGCCAGUACUGCUAGAUUUAAACUGGACAUUUCUGCUGUAAAUGUGUGGAUUUGAGCUUCAGGAACGUAUUCGAUAAUCUGUGAAUUUUGCAGUAGAAAUCGUCAUUGAAUUCAAAGAUCGGUGUUCUUGGUCUCUACAUUCCACAAAUACCAAGCAUUCGGCAGAACACUUACAAACCAACAUACGCUAUUUCUAUGUCUAAACCUGGAACAUAUUCACUAAAAUCUUAAAAUGGAUUAAGUACAAUUCAAUUUAUUUUUAAUAAAAGCUGGCGUUGAGUAUUGUUUAGAAGAUUUAAAUCCUGUCUCACCAAAUUAUGUCCAAGACUAGUUUUUAUAUUCUACACAUCUGUUAAAGGGACACUCCAGCCACUAAAACACUUUAUCUUGCUGGAUAGCUUUGUGUUAUCUCAUUGAUCUGCAGCUGUUCUAGCUGUUUAGAUGUACCGCCUUGAAAAUAAGUAUAAUUAAAUGGGGCUAUAUCUACUAAAUAUGUGUUUUGUUAGGACAGUGAAGUGUCCCUUUAAGUAAAAUAAUAUGUUAGUGUAAAAGAGAAAUAUUGCAAUCUAUGUAUCUGCUAGUAGUUUGCUUAGAGCGAUCUGUCCCGUACGCUCUGGAAAGUCUUCAAACCCCUGAUUAUACACUUUACAUUUCCCUUCUAUAUAUUGUAUUAAAGCUUUCUAUAUUUUUGUGAUAUAGAGAUGGAUUGACUCUAUUAAUGAGGUUCGGGGAGUUCCCAAUUACAAAGAAGCAGCUCCCUGUUGUAUAUUCCCCCCUCCCCUGGUUAUACAUUGUUUAUGUUAUAGCUGAUCUCCAUCUGUCUUCCUGCAGGAGAGUACGGAGUUUUUCGGAACAACCUGGUGUUUUGGCUGACCUUCUGCUGUUUCAUGAUGGUGUCUAGUGUAUUGCUCAUUAUUCCAAAACAUGUAAGGUGUUUGUGUAAAGUGAUUUGCGAUACAAUUUGUAUUUUUUUUUUUUUAUCCAUUUGGGAGUGGGAGGAGGGAUAUUAACACUAGCCCUGAGUUAAAGACCAUUCUACAUGUUUCUAACACUAGCAGAUGGUUGUGGCGGUAACUUUCUGGGUCAUUUUCAGUUAUUCCUCACGCUCUUCCUUUGCUUUCUACAGCUGUACGGUGUGUGAUGAUGAUUUAUAAAUGAGUGGGGCUGUGAGUAGUGAUUUGAGGCUACUUAAAUCCUGAAUGUGCAACAUUUGGUCCAAAAUGAAGAGCUUGUACUUUUAGGAGAGUCUUCCCCAAACUGGUUAUUUUAGGUGGAUAGCAGUCAGACGGGUUGUUUUUAUGCAAUUUGCAAUAUAAAUGUCUGUCUUUUAAUCCGUGUUUUACUGAAUAUAACUGUCUCUCCCUCUCUCCUAGCUGAAUAUAUUGAGCUGUGCCAUGGUUGGAUCGUACAGCGUGGUUCUGGCGAUUGAUAGCUAUUUGUACACGAGUUUGUCCUACAUCACAUUAAACAUUCUCAAGAGAGCGUUAAACAAUGAAUUCAAUACAGCAUACACCAGCGUUCCCUUCCAAAGAAACGGUAUGUGAUUGGAUGAGAGAUCGGAGUCAUGCAGUGUGAAUGGGGCGAUGACUGGCGGUUGACCAGUCAACUAACAUUUCAUUAGACUCCUUAUACUGGUAGGCUAUGUUAAAGGUUAUACCAGCUUAAUGUGUGUUAAUGCAUCACAGAGCUCCACAGUAAUGAACCUCAUACACACUUCACAUUCCUAAGAGUUUUAUUGCUUUGGAGCUCUGUGAUUUAUACAUACUGCACAUGUUACUGUGACUCACAGAGCUCUGUAGUGCUAAAACUCACAAUGUGUAAAACUGUAGUUGUACUUUUUUAUUUUUAUUUUAUACUUGUUAUAUAUGAGUUUCUGAACUGCAUAUAUAUCUUAGUCACACAGCCACAUGUUUUUUGUAACGAUCCACAGUACGUUUUUUUAGCUUUUCUGAGAGGUUUCAGUUUGGAGAGUUCUGUACGCAGAUGGGUGGAGUAAUUCCAAAUUACACUUAAUGAUCUGAAAAUGCUCGGUGCAGAGAUCUCUAUGGAAUUUGGAGGAUUUAUAUGUAGAAUGGAGUCCAAAAAGGACUUGCCAUUGAUUUGCACAAAAAAAUAUUGACUGUUUAAAUUUACUUGCAGAUUUCAUCAUUAUCGCAUUAUGGGUUGUGCUGAUUAUGGCUGCCAUUACCACCCAGGUUCUCAGAGAGAGAGGGCGUCCCUCGUUCCCACCAUCCCCAUAUCUAAUAUGGAAACGAGACAGAGAGAGACGGAAAACCAAUGUUUUGGACCCAAGUCACCAUAUGCCACCCCUCAAAGAACGGAUGCUGCUCAGACUGGCUAAGUUUAGGGACAUGUUCCGCCGGCCGCAACCUAUCGGAGAGAUAACUCCAUUACUUCUCUAACCAAGUGUGGUGCCAUUGGAGUCCAUUGUAUCUAACAGAAAGAGGGCAGGGAGCUUUGAGGGCAGCAGUGGGGCACACUUGGAAAAGGUUUUGGUCUUGUGAUGGCGGGUGAGUUAUCCUGUAGAUCAGCCUGUACUGUGACGCAGAUAUAAAGAAACCUAAGCUCUCGCCUGCAAGGUGUACAGAAUGAUGUAACCACAGUCAGUAUUACAGUCUUUACCUGGAGUUACUUCCCAGCGGAGUAGGGCGCACACGUGGAAUUCAGAACUCCCCACUUACUGUGUAAUAAAAACUGUAAGAUAGUAAAAUAACCAGCCAUUCAGUAAACUUGCCAAAAAGUCUCUAUCCCCUACCAGUGAUAUAAAUGUGUUGAUUCUUCCCAGAUAUGAUGUGGACAUUAUCUGCCUCCCCUGACAAGACACGAAAUGCAGAUUACCGGCACAAGAGAUCCGGUCAUAAAGUGGGCGUGGUGAACACAUUGAAUUGUCCCUGUGUACAAGGCUAUGAAUGGCUUCUUUUGAAUGAUUUGUCCCACAGAAUUGUUGUAUUUGUUGCUUACUACUAGUCCUACACUGCGUUUCCUUUCUUUAUACCUUGUUGUGAGCUAUAUGGGCAGCAUGAAUUGUUGUGAGGACUAAUGGCUCCGGCUGUUAGCUAGUUUGCACCCUGGUGCUCAGAGUUAAUAUUUUAUUUCAGAUAUUCUUUAAAAAUAAUUCUCAGGAUAUUUACAGACUACUUUCUAAUCUGUACAAUGUGUCAGUAUUAUCUUCGUAAUGGGUCCUGUACUAACUAUGCCAUGGGUAAAGCAUCAGGCCUGUUCAACCUCCCCCCCCCAACUACAUUAUCCCAGAAUUCUUUAUAAGCCGACGAGACACUUUAUCCUGUUAACAAGAGGAGAACCAAGGUUGGACUUCCCUGUUUACAACAAAAAAAUAAAAUAAAUCACAUUCCAAAACAUGAAGCUACAGUCUAGGCCUCAUGAUAAGAUAAAAGCUGCAUUAAUGACACUACUGUCAAAUUUCUGUUAGUUUCCCUAAUUGGCAGCGAAUGUCCACUUUCUCUCAGGGCUCCAGUCAUUGAGAAGAGACCUGUUAUGAGUAACAUGUAAUAAUUGUACAGUGUUUAUAAGUCUCUGUAUCACACAACAAACAUGCUUUGUAUAAAAUGUAACAUGAAAAAGCAGAAACAUGCACUGGGAGGAAAUUGUUCUAUUCUAACCUUUGUAAAAAAGAAAACUGUCUAGUGAGCAAUUCUGUGCAUUGGUCCCUGUUCGAAUUUUUUUUUUUUGUUUUCUUCAGAAAAACCACUGUGAAUUAACAAAGCAAUGGCAGCGUGUAAGAGAUUGAAUAAAAAAUUGCAGAAAUGUUGUAUGGCCACCGUAAUAUUGUCAGUAGAUUACCGUGAUGGACAGACGGGUUCUCAGGGUUUAGAGAGGCAGUAACAGAGUUCUGCUUAGUUAGGAUUGUGAUUUCAGUAUCUGUAAACCGAGUACAUUUCACACCUUUCUUUAGAGGCCUAACCACAAACACAAGGUGGAAAGUGAAACACUGCUUGUCACAUGUGCAACAUAUUCACUCCACUAUGUGACCUAAAAACAUUGUUUAAACUCACUUAUUAUUAAAACGCCUUUCAGUGUGGUUAAACGGUUCAUAAAGCAAUGUCUGCUGAUUGACUCAUUCUUAUUAAUGCUACAAAACCACAUACUGUUUCCUGGCAUAGACUAGUGUCACCUUACAUUAACAUACUCUAUUAGGGCCCUAAGACUUUAUAGCAUCUAGCACAGUAGGGAGGAAUGACCUUUUCUUUACCUAGUGUAAGAAAACCUCUUUGAUCCCCGAGCACAGGAGGGUAGGAGGUUGCGGGGAAUGUAGCCUCCUACCACAGGAUGAAGCUGAGACCUAUGUGAUGCUACAGAAGUAAAAGCAUUGAUGUAAUGCAAUUCUUCACAAAAAAAUUUGAGACAUCACUUGGUUAGUAUGUAUUCACAAACGCCAUCAAUUUUAUUGAGGUAACGAUCAAAGGAUGUCACUGGCCAGUGUAAGCUCGCUUUAUACCAGCACGGACUGAUCACAAUCACACCAAAAAGAACAGAUUACACCUGCAGAAAUACUUAAAGGAAUGUAAUGAAUUAACAGCCUGAAUAGAAUCUGACAGUCCUUUGCAUGUUUUAUAAAAUAUUCAGAUAUUUCUUAAAAAAAUAGUACUUUUAGAAUUCACGCUUUGUGGGGAAUAAAAUAUUCAGUUAUCUAUGCAAUGAUUGGCAGAUAUAAUGCACCUUCUUAAACUGGGGAUGUAAGUCCAUGUACCGUAUCCUGUUUAAAUAAAGGGGUGCAGUCACAUUGAUUUGCUGAUGCCCAUCAUAACAGUUUCCACACAGUCUGAGGCCCAGAGUGCACAAAACAGCUUCAGCUUUUCCGUAAACUCAGGUCAGUCCCUGGGAUUACAACAGCCACUGAUGUGGUUUCCGGGUUGUCUUUUCGUAGAUUUAGAAAGGAUUCUCGAGUUAUCUGAAGGAUUUCCCGUAAUCCCUUAUUUUCUUGCUGUAAUGAAAAAGACAAUCCUCAGAUCUCGGACAAGUGAAAUCACAACCUUUACAGUAAUGUGAGUUUGUUUAAGGCAGAGGUGCCCAAAAGGUAGCUUCCCCGAUGUUGUAGAACUACAGCUCCCACAAUGCUUUGCAGGGCUUUAGAAUGACAAAGCAUCAUGGAAGCUGUAGUUCUACAACUUCUAGGUAUCUACAUUUCGGGCACCCCUGGUCAAAGGAUACAUACUGCUAAUGUCAGUUCUUGCCAUCUAGUGGUAGAAAUGGAUACUGCAGUUUGGGGAAUGCCUCCUGUGAUAGCUCUCAGCAGUUUUUACAUGCAGCCUCCCCUCUAAAAUGCACUAAACUAUCACAUCAGUGCCCCAGUACUGACACCGUAAAAAGGCAACCAUUACUUCCCUGGAUUUGUUUUGUUUACUUAUCCCCCUAUAUUUAACAAAUGUGUGUGUUUGUGAGGUAAGAAAAAUAAAACUAACCCUUUUGUAAAAGUCUUCUGGCACCUCUAAGUCUUUGUUCCACUGUAAUUGAAAUGCACUCUCUUCCAAAGUACCCACACCUACCACAGAUCAUAUUUUAAGGAGCAGAACUGUGUUCUUAUAAUACCCAAUAAGUAUGAUUCAAAUAGUAAAUGGUAAAAAACAUUACUUCUACUUCCAAUACUUCAUUAUUGUUCAUCCAUUAAAAGACAAACGUUGCAAAGGGUGAAUAUUGUUAUUUAAAAACAAAACGGUUGCUAAAUGUAGUUUAUUUAGGCAAUAACAGUCACAAGAUCCCAAACCACUACACAAUGAUAUAUCUAUGAAUAAAGCAGAUUAUCCUGAGUAUUUAGCCCGAUCAGUGACGGUUUCAUUUAAAAAAUUUUUGUCACAAAACCUCACGAUUUGUGUUUCUCAUUCAUAGUUUUUUCUUUUCGACAUAUAAUUUCAUAGCUUGAGUGUGUCCAUAUACUUUGCAGACCCCAGCUUUAAUUUCUGAAGCUGCCG